GAUCGCAAAAGUGAAGAAAGGCAGAAGGAUGUAGACAUUUCUCGAGAUAUGGAGUUGCGAAAACGAUACGAAAUACGCUUUGCUGAGAACUUACAGGGACUCUAUACCUCACGGUUUUCUAAAACUGGUGAAUUUAUAGCCACAGGCUUUGGAAGUGGUGCUAUUCAGAUCCGGAAUGGUGGGACCGGUGAAUUAACAGCUACACUUAAAUCUGGUCUGGAAAUUUCAAUGCCAGUCAUGUGCUGCAGAUUUAAUCCAGUACACAAAGACAUAUUCUAUGCUUCCAGUGCCUGUGGAAAUAUUUUUAUGUGUAACACACACACUAAAGAGUUUUCUAGAUUUAUCUUUGAGCUUAAAAAUGAAGUGAAUACAAUAGAUUUGAUAUUAGAGUAUAAAAAGAAUGAAGAAGAUUUGAUAGAAAGUAAAGCUACAAACUUUCAUAGAAUGAGAAUAUUUGCUUCAAGAUUUCACAAUGAAUAUCCUGAUCUGAUUAUUACUGGUGGAUGGGAUGAUACUGUUAGAGUAAGUUCUUAUAAGAUAUGUAUA